GUUUUUUAAUUCUUUUCAUUUUGUUUUAUAGUAUCCUGCUGCCUUGUGAGGUCACUUAAUUCUAUUUGUUGUAUUCUGGUUCUUUAAGACUAGAUUUCAUCCCUGGCUUUUUGGUCAUCCUUUUCCUUCUGGUCUGAUUUUCUUUGAAGAUCAUCUUUCAUCCUCUUCACCUAAUCUUUCAUCUCCUUUGCCUCAUUUUCCAGCUGGUUGAUUUUGGCUUUCCAGACACUAUUUUCUCUUUUUACUUAAAGUGCCUCUGUUUCCAGAUGACUUAUCUUAAUUUUUAAGUUCUUUUCCCAAUUGUCUUCAUCCUCUCUUAAUUGUGUUUUGAGUUCUUCCACAGCCUGUAUCCAAUUCUCUGGGAUUUCUGAUUUAUCGUUUGCUGAUCUCUCUCUCUAUUCCGUUUGGUGAGUAGAAGCUGUCUAUUGUAGUUUCUUCAUUUUCUGUUUUUUGCUCAAAUUCACCCCUUCUUUACUCUCCGUAUUUGUCUGUGCUCUUGCUCCUUUCAGUUUUUUGAUUUUGCGGGCUUCUGUCAGUCUUCCCUCUUGGAGCUUUAACAGGAGAUCUCUUGGUGUAGUCUCUGGUGUGGGGUUGUUGGGGUUUGAGCUUCCCUGUCCUCGGGAGGCUUUUGAUUGAAUUAAAGUCCAGCAGUUAAUGAGGAUGGGUUUGGAGCCUCGGCUUCCCUGAGUUCUGGAGACUUUUGAUGGGAUUAAGUUCAGCUUAGUUGUGUUGGGUGUGCUCUUAUUCCAAAACUUCCUGGAAGGCUGGAGCAAAUAUGGAGGAUCUCCACAGCUCUGGCCAGGCUGCCAGGUCUAUGCCCCCUCUCCAGCUCCUUCCCUGCUCUCUGUGAUGCUCUGAACCUGGCCAGCCCUGCUUGCAAGUUAUGCCCUUCAGACCAGGAACUUUCCUUCUGUCUUCCCCUUAAAACCAAGUGUUCUCGGAUUCCGGCUUUUCAGGGGGUGUACCUUUUGAAUUAAGUCCAGCAGGAGGGUUCCUUGCCUCUGACUUGUUGUUAAGAUUGAUUUUGAGACCCCUGGGAGCAUUCAGUUUGUGAUCGGUAAGGAAGGGUAUUCCGAGGUCUGAACUUCUCCUUCUUGGCCGCCAUCUUGACUCCGCCUUCUCACUAUCUUGUACCACCACUGGUGUUGCAUCUUGACUAGCCUCCACUCCCAUAUCACAGCUCUCCUUCUGACUUCCUAAUUUGUUUGGACUUGAAUAAUGUCUUACUUUGACCUUUUGUUGACAGCUACUACAGAAUUCAAUUUGAGGCAUCUUUUUAAAGUUUUUGGAGGGGAGUAUUGAGAAAAUUUGGCAGUAUUUCCUCUAUUCUGCCAUCUUGCCUCUGUCCAUGGUAUUAUUAAUUUCUUUCAAAUAUUACAUUUACUACACCUGUGGUAAAACUCAUGUUAUCUGUUGGUGCUAAGGAGGUGAUUGAACAGAAAAUGAUUUAGUUUGGCGUGAUCCAUCAAUCUAUCUGGACUGAUCAUUCAGGAUAUGGUGAAGAAGAGGACACAGGUUUUUGGAAAUGCUCCACCAAAUACAAUGACAGAAAAAUUUUCUGAUCUGCUUCAGUUUACAACCCAAGUUUCACGUCUAAUGGUGACUGAAAUUCGAAGGCGAGCAUCAAAUAAAUCCACAGCUUAUGGUCUGUGGAGGCAUCUUCAUGGUACUUUCUCCAAACAGUUCACUUUCUGGAUUCAGAGAGAGGCUGCAAGUCGUGCCAUAGUCCAGUUCCUGGAGAUCAAUCAGAGUGAAGAAGCCAGUAGAGGUUGGAUGCUUCUAACAACAAUUAAUUUGUUAGCAUCAUCUGGGCAGAAAACUGUAGACUGCAUGACCACUAUGUCAGUGCCUUCCACACUGGUCAAAUGUCUCUAUCUAUUUUUUGAUCUCCCACACGUGCCUGAGGUAGUCGGAGGUGCACAGAAUGAACUACCUCUGGCUGAGCGCCGGGGACUUCUCCAGAAAGUCUUUGUUCAGAUACUGGUGAAACUCUGCAGUUUUGUGUCCCCAGCAGAAGAACUGGCUCAAAAAGAUGAUCUCCAGCUUUUAUUCAGUGCAAUAACCUCCUGGUGCCCUCCCUAUAACUUGCCUUGGAGGAAGAGUGCAGGGGAAGUCCUCAUGACCAUAUCCCGUCAUGGGCUUAGUGUCAAUGUAGUAAAAUACAUUCACGAAAAAGAAUGUUUGUCAACAUGUGUCCAGAAUAUGCAGCAGUCAGAUGAUCUUUCUCCCUUAGAGAUCGUCGAAAUGUUUGCUGGGCUUUCUUGCUUUCUCAAAGAUUCCAGUGAUGUUUCUCAAACACUGCUUGAUGACUUUAGGAUAUGGCAAGGAUAUAACUUUCUCUGUGAUCUCUUGCUCAGAUUGGAACAAGCAAAAGAGGCAGAAUCCAAGGAUGCUUUGAAAGAUCUAGUUAAUUUGAUAACCUCUCUAACAACAUAUGGUGUCAGUGAACUAAAACCAGCUGGUAUUACCACAGGGGCACCAUUUUUAUUGCCCGGAUUUGCAGUUCCUCAGCCUGCAGGAAAAGGUCACAGCGUCAGAAACAUUCAAGCCUUUGCUGUCCUCCAGAAUGCAUUUUUAAAAGCAAAAACGAACUAUCUUCCACAAAUCAUCCUUGAUGCCAUCACAAAUAUCUACAUAGCUGACAAUGCAAACUAUUUCAUCUUGGAGUCACAACACACAUUGUCCCAGUUUGCAGAGAAGAUUUCUAAGCUGCCAGAAGUGCAGACCAAAUAUUUUGAGAUGCUAGAAUUUGUUGUUUUCAGUUUAAAUUAUAUUCCUUGUAAAGAGCUUAUCAGUGUCAGCAUUCUCUUAAAAUCCAGCUCUUCUUACCAGUGUAGCAUCAUUGCCACAAAAACUCUUCUUAAGUUCACACGACAUGAUUAUAUAUUUAAAGAUGUAUUCAGGGAGGUGGGCCUUCUGGAGGUAAUGGUAAACCUCUUGCAUAAAUAUGCUGCCUUCUUGAAAGAUCCUCAGGCUCUGAAUGAGCAAGGGGAUUCAAAAAACAAUAGUUCAGUGGAAGACCAGAAGCAACUGGCUUUGCUGGUUAUGGAGACCUUGACAAUUCUUCUCCAGGGAUCAAACACAAAUGCAGGGAUCUUCCGGGAAUUUGGAGGUGCUAGGUGUGCCCACAAUAUUGUCAAGUACCCCCAAUGCAGGCAGCAUGCUUUGAUGAUCAUCCAGCAAUUGGUGCUUUCCCCUAGUGGGGACGAUGAUAUGGGUACACUCUUAGGCUUGAUGCAUUCAGCUCCACCCACUGAAUUACAACUGAAGACUGACAUUUUAAGGGCCCUCCUCUCAGUUCUACGAGAGAGUCAUCGCACAAGAACGGUUUUUAGGAAAGUUGGAGGAUUUGUCUACAUUACAUCUUUGCUUGUCGCCAUGGAAAGAUCCUUGAGCUGUCCACCCAAGAAUGGCUGGGAGAAAGUGAAUCAGAAUCAAGUCUUUGAACUUCUUCACACUGUUUUCUGCACACUGACUGCAGCUAUGCGUUAUGAACCUGCCAACUCUCAUUUCUUCAAAACUGAGAUCCAGUAUGAGAAACUGGCAGAUGCUGUACGAUUUCUUGGCUGCUUUUCAGAUUUAAGGAAGAUAAGCCCCUUAAACGUUUUCCCCUCAAAUACCCAGCCAUUUCAGCGACUCCUAGAAGAUGAUUUAACAUCUGUCGAUUCUGUCUCGCCCACAUUACGGCACUGCAGUAAACUCUUUAUUUAUCUCUACAAAGUAGCCACAGAUUCCUUUGAGAGUCAUGCAGAACAGAUCCCUCCUUGCCUGACAAAUGAGUCUUCUCUCCCCUCUCCUUGGGGUACGCCAGCUGUGUCGAGGAAAAGGCAUGCAUAUCAUUCUGUUUCAACACCUUCUGGGUACUCUUCCAAAAAUGUUGCUGAUUUGAAACAGCAGCCAGCAGCUCCAUCUCUCCAGAGUUCUGAUGCUGUUGUUAUCCAUCCUGGAGCCAUGCUUGCCAUGCUGGACCUCUUAUCCUCUGUUGGCUCACCAUCCCAGCCAGAACAUGCUCUGGACCUCCAGUUGGCUGUGGCCAAUAUUUUGCAGUCCCUGGUGCAUACAGAGAGGAACCAGCAAGUGAUGUGUGAGGCGGGGCUCCAUGCACGCCUUUUACAAAGAUGCAGUGCGGCCCUGGCUGAUGAAGAUCACUCUUUGCACCCCCCCCUCCAGAGGAUGUUCGAGAGGCUUGCUUCCCAGGCCCUGGAGCCCGUCGUGUUGAGGGAGUUUUUACGUUUGGCCAAUCCUUUAAAUUGUGGUGCCUGGGAUAAAAAUCUCUUAAAACAGUAUCGAAUCCACAAGCCCAGUUCAUUAAGUUAUGAACCUGAGAUGAGAGGUAGUAUGGUCACAUCUAUUGAAGGACUGGGUUCUGAUAAUGUGUUUAGUUUACAUGAAGAUAACCAUUACCGGAUUAGCAAGAGUUUGGUCAAAUCUGCAGAAGGAAGCACUGUACCCUUGACUAGAGUGAAGUGUUUAGUCUCAAUGACAACCCCACAUGAUAUCAGGCUGCAUGGAUCAGCAGUUACCCCUGCUUUUGUUGAAUUUGACACAUCACUUGAAGGAUUUGGUUGCCUGUUCCUACCCAGUUUGGCACCUCAUAAUGCACCUACAAAUAAUGCUGCUACAGCAGGUCUUACUGAUGGUACUGUAAUCAGUGGAAUUGGAAGUGGUGAAAGAUUCUUCCCUCCUCCAUCUGGACUAAGUUACUCAAGCUGGUUUUGCAUUGAACAUUUUAGUUCAUCUCCAAACCAUCACCCAGUUAGACUUCUGACACUUGUCCGGCGAGCAAAUUCUUCUGAGCAACAUUAUGUGUGCCUUGCCAUAGUACUGUCAGCAAAAGACCGGUCCCUCAUUGUUUCUACUAAAGAGGAACUUCUCCAGAAUUAUGUUGAUGACUUCAGUGAAGAAUCCUCCUUUUAUGAAAUUCUUCCAUGUUGUGCACGUUUUCGCUGUGGAGACCUCAUAGUUGAGGGACAGUGGCAUCACCUUGUCCUAGUAAUGAGUAAAGGCAUGUUGAAAAACAGCACUGCUGCCCUCUACAUUGAUGGACAGCUUGUCAGUACAGUGAAGCUUCAUUAUAUUCACAGUACUCCAGGGGGUUCAGGUUCUGCAAAUCCACCUGUUGUCAGCACAGUAUAUGCCUACAUUGGCACACCACCUGCUCAACGCCAACUUGCUUCAUUAGUGUGGCGCCUGGGACCCACACAUUUCUUAGAAGAAGUUUUGCCCAUUUCAAGUGUCAAUAUCAUUUAUGAACUAGGACCAAACUAUGUUGGAAGUUUUCAGGCUGUACAUGUCCCAUGUAAAGAUUCCAAAUCUGAAAGUGGCAUCCAAUCCCCUGUGUCAUUAGUACCAGAAGAAAAAGUAUCAUUUGGUCUCUAUGCCCUCUCCGUAUCUUCACUUACAGUGGCAAAAAUAAGGAAAGUUUACAACAAGUUAGACAGUAAAGCCAUUGCCAAACAGUUAGCUAUUUCCUCCCAUGAGAAUGCCACCCCUGUGAAGUUGUUACAUAACUCCGCCGGGCAUCUGAACGGGCCGGCGCGCACUGUUGGUGCUGCACUCAUUGGCUACUUAGGAGUAAGAACAUUUAUACCUAAGCCUGUGGCCACAACUUUACAGUACAUUGGUGGAGCUGCUGCCAUUCUGGGUUUAGUAGCCAUGGCAUCAGAUGUGGAAGGGUUAUAUGCUGCUGUAAAGGCCCUGGUUUGUGUAGUAAAGAGUAACCCAUUAGCAAGCAAAGAAAUGGAAAGAAUCAAAGGUUAUCAGCUGUUGGCAAUGCUACUGAAAAAGAAACGUUCUCUUCUGAAUAGCCAUAUUCUCCAUCUGACUUUCUCUUUGGUGGGAACUGUUGAUAGUGGACAUGAGACAUCCAUCAUUCCAAAUUCAACUGCCUUCCAGGAUUUGCUUUGUGAUUUUGAAGUCUGGCUUCAUGCACCAUAUGAAUUACAUCUUUCAUUAUUUGAACACUUCAUUGAACUACUCACAGAGUCCAGCGAAGCUUCAAAAAAUGCUAAAUUAAUGAGAGAAUUUCAGUUAAUCCCAAAACUGCUACUUACACUUCGUGAUAUGUCUUUGUCCCAACCCACCAUUGUUGCUAUUAGUAAUGUGCUGAGCUUCUUACUCCAAGGCUUCCCCAACAGCAAUGACUUGCUCAGGUUUGGCCAGUUCAUUGCUUCCACUUUGCCAACAUUUGCUGUCUGUGAGAAAUUUGUAGUCAUGGAAAUAAACAAUGAAGAAAAGCUAGACACUGGAACUGAGGAAGAUUUUGGAGUUCUUGUAUCUGCUAAUCUUAUCCUUUUGAGAAAUAGAUUGUUAGAUAUUCUACUUAAACUAAUCUACUCAUCAAAGGAAAAGACAAGCAUUAAUAUACAAGCAUGUGAAGACCUGGUCAGGACACUGGGUUUUGACUGGCUCCUGAUGUUUACUGAGGAACAUUUGCACUCAACUACAGUGACUGCAGCCAUGAGGAUUCUGGUUGUCUUGCUGAGUAACCAAUCUGUUCUCAUCAAGUUUAAAGAAGGACUCAGUGGUGGAGGGUGGCUGGAGCAGACGGAUUCUGUCUUGACCAAUAAAAUUGGCACUGUGCUAGGAUUCAAUGUGGGCAGAAGUGCUGGUGGUCGGUCAGCUAUAAGGGAGAUUAAUCGGGAUGCCUGCCAUUUUCCUGGCUUUCCAGUUCUUCAGUCAUUUCUCCCUAAACAUACUAAUGUCCCUGCCCUUUAUUUUCUACUCAUGGCCCUCUUUCUGCAGCAACCAGUUACCGAGCUGCCUGAAAACCUACAGGUCAGUGUACCUGUCAUCAGCAGCCGAUGUAAUCAGGGUUGCCAGUUUGAUUUGGAUUCCAUUUGGACAUUUAUCUUUGGAGUUCCUGCCUCCAGUGGACCUGUAGUCUCUUCAAUCCAUAAUGUUUGUACAGAAGCUGCUUUUUUGUUGUUAGGAAUGCUUCGCAGCAUGCUAAAUUCACCUUGGCAAUCAGAAGAAGAAGGGUCUUGGCUCAGAGAAUAUCCUGUUACAUUAAUGCAAUUUUUUAGAUACUUAUAUCACAAUGUUCCAGACCUAGCUUCAAUGUGGAUGAGCCCAGAGUUUCUGUGUGCAUUAGCAGCUACAGUUUUCCCUUUCAACAUCCGACCUUACUCUGAGAUGGUAACUGAUCUUGAUGAUGAAGUAGGGUCUCCGGCAGAAGAGUUCAAGGCCUUCGCAGUUGACACAGGAAUGAACAGAAGUCAAUCAGAAUACUGUAAUGUUGGCUCCAAAACCUACUUGACCAACCAUCCAGCAAAAAAGUUUGUUUUUGAUUUCAUGCGAGUCUUGAUUAUAGACAAUCUCUGUCUCACACCUGCCAGCAAACAGACUCCACUAAUUGAUCUGCUGUUGGAGGCUUCUCCUGAAAGGUCUACAAGAACUCAGCAAAAAGAAUUUCAGACUUAUGUUUUAGAUAGUGUCAUGGACCACUUGCUUGCAGCUGAUGUUUUAUUGGGGGAAGAUGCAUCUCUACCCAUUACCAGUGGAGGAAGUUACCAAGUGCUAGUGAACAAUGUAUUUUAUUUCACCCAGCGUGUUGUCGACAAGCUUUGGCAGGGAAUGUUCAACAAGGAAUCUAAACUUCUUAUAGAUUUUAUUAUUCAGCUGAUUGCACAGUCAAAACGAAGAUCCCAAGGGUUGUCACUGGACGCCGUUUACCACUGCCUAAAUAGGACCAUCUUGUACCAGUUUUCAAGGGCACACAAAACAGUCCCACAGCAAGUUGCUCUCCUCGAUUCUCUUAGGGUCCUUACUGUGAACAGAAACUUAAUCCUAGGACCAGGAAACCAUGAUCAAGAGUUCAUUAGCUGUCUGGCUCAUUGCUUGAUAAAUCUGCAUGUUGGAAGCCACGUGGAUGGGUUUGGCCUUGAGGCAGAGGCCCGCAUGACAACCUGGCACAUCAUGAUCCCCUCUGACAUAGACCCGGACAGCAGCUGCAGUCAAGAUGUCAGUGAAGGUAACACAACCGGCACGAGCCCAGCUACUACCUGUGGUCGUCAGCUUCUCAUAAAAGCUGUCAACAGAGUCUGGACUGAAUUGAUACAUAGUAAGAAACAAACUCUAGAAGAACUUUUUAAGGUGACUCUGCCGGUCAAUGACCGGGGCCUGGUGGAUAUCACCAUUGCAAGGCCUCUGAUUGAAGAAGCUGCUUUAAAAUGCUGGCAGAACCAUUUGGCCCAUGAAAAGAAAUGCAUCAGUCGAGGAGAAGCCCUGGUGCCAAGCACACAAUCCAAACUGUCCCGAGUCAGCAGUGGUUUUGGCCUUUCCAAGUUAACAGGAUCCAGAAGGAAUCGAAAGGAAAGUGGCCUCAACAAACAUAAUCUCUCCAUGCAGGAGAUUUCCCAGUGGAUGUUUACUCAUAUUGCUGUUGUACGGGACUUGGUAGACACACAGUACAAAGAAUAUCAGGAGCGUCAGCAGAAUGCCCUGAAAUAUGUGACAGAAGAGUGGUGCCAAAUAGAGUAUGAGUUGUUGCGGGAGAGAGGCCUGUGGGGUCCUCCCAUUGGCUCUCAUCUGGACAAAUGGAUGUUGGAGAUGACCGAAGGGCCUUGUAGAAUGAGGAAGAAGAUGGUUCGGAAUGACAUGUUUUACAACCACUACCCUUACAUGCCAGAAACUGAACAAGAAACAAAUGUGUUGUCUGCCACCCCAAGUAAGCAGCUUGACCCUCCUGAUGAUACCAUUCCUCAAAAGAAACCUGCUCGGUAUCGGAGAGCAGUAAGCUAUGACAGUAAGGAAUACUACAUGCGACUAGCUUCCGGAAAUCCAGCAUUUGUCCAAGAUGCCAUUAUAGAAAGUUCAGAAGGCGAGUCUACACAGCAGGAACCAGAACAUGGAGAAGAUACAAUUGCCAAAGUUAAAGGCUUGGUUAAACCUCCUCUGAAAAGAUCUCGUUCUGCUCCUGAUGGGGGGGAUGAAGAAAAUCAAGAACAACUACAAGACCAAAUUGCUGAGGACAGCUCUAGAGAGGAAGAAGAGAAAACAGAUAAUGCAACAUUACUUCGCCUACUAGAAGAGGGAGAGAAGAUUCAACACAUGUAUCGCUGUGCUAGGGUCCAAGGCCUAGAUACCAGUGAAGGUCUACUUCUCUUCGGUAAAGAACAUUUUUAUGUGAUUGAUGGGUUUACAAUGACAGCUACCAGGGAGAUUCGGGAUAUUGAGACCUUACCUCCAAACAUGCACGAGCCAAUUAUUCCAAGAGGAGCAAGACAAGGUCCCAGUCAGCUCAGAAGGUCAUGUAGCAUUUUUGCAUAUGAAGAUAUCAAGGAAGUUCACAAAAGGAGGUAUCUGUUGCAGCCUAUUGCUGUGGAAGUUUUCUCAGGAGAUGGACGGAAUUAUCUUCUUGCUUUUCAGAAAGGAGUUAGAAACAAAGUUUACCAGAGAUUUUUAGCUGUUGUGCCAUCUUUGACAGACAGUUCAGAAUCUGUGUCUGGGCAGCGACCAAAUACCAGUGUGGAACAAGGGUCUGGAUUGCUUAGCACUUUAGUGGGAGAGAAGUCUGUGACACAGAGGUGGGAGAGAGGUGAAAUCAGCAAUUUCCAGUACUUGAUGCACUUAAAUACCUUGGCUGGCAGAUCUUACAAUGAUCUUAUGCAGUAUCCUGUCUUCCCUUGGGUCCUUGCUGACUAUGACUCACAGGAGGUUGAUCUUGCUAAUCCCAAGACAUUCAGAAACCUAGCCAAGCCAAUGGGAGCACAGACAGAUGAAAGAUUAACGCAAUAUAAGAAGCGUUAUAGAGAUUGGGAAGAUCCGAAUGGAGAAACACCAGCCUAUCAUUAUGGCACCCACUACUCCUCUGCAAUGAUUGUAGCCUCAUAUCUUGUUAGAAUGGAGCCUUUUACCCAGAUCUUCUUGCGACUUCAGGGUGGCCACUUUGACCUGGCCGACCGAAUGUUUCACAGUGUGCGAGAAGCCUGGUACUCUGCUUCAAAACACAACAUGGCAGACGUGAAAGAACUUAUCCCAGAAUUCUUUUACCUCCCAGAAUUCUUGCUGAACUCAAACAACUUUGAUCUAGGCUGCAAACAGAAUGGCACCAAGCUUGGAAAUGUAAUACUUCCACCAUGGGCCAAGGGAGAUCCUCGAGAAUUCAUCAGAGUCCAUCGAGAGGCUUUGGAAUGUGAUUAUGUGAGUGCUCACCUGCAUGAAUGGAUUGACUUAAUCUUUGGCUAUAAACAGCAAGGCCCUGCUGCAGUAGAUGCUGUAAAUGUCUUCCAUCAUCUCUUUUAUGAGGGUCAAGUGGAUAUCUACAAUAUUAAUGACCCAUUAAAAGAGACAGCUACCAUAGGAUUCAUUAACAACUUUGGACAGAUACCCAAGCAGCUCUUUAAAAAACCUCAUCCACCAAAACGAGUGAGAAGUCGACUCAACGGUGACAAUUCUGGACUCUCUGUCCCACCUGGGCCUACAAGUGACAAGAUCUUUUUUCAUCAUUUGGAUAACCUCCGGCCUUCUCUUGCCCCUGUAAAAGAACUGAAAGAACCAGUGGGACAAAUAGUGUGCACAGAUAAAGGCAUUCUGGCUGUGGAGCAGAAUAAGGUUCUCAUUCCACCUACCUGGAACAAAACUUUUGCUUGGGGCUAUGCAGAUCUCAGCUGCCGCCUGGGAACCUAUGAGUCAGAUAAGGCAGUAACUGUUUAUGAAUGUCUGUCAGAAUGGGGACAGAUUCUCUGUGCAAUCUGCCCAAGCCCCAAGCUGGUCAUCACUGGUGGGACAAGCACUGUUGUAUGUGUGUGGGAAAUGGGAACCUCCAAAGAGAAAGCAAAAACCCUGACGCUUAAACAGGCAUUACUUGGCCACACAGAUACAGUCACCUGUUCUACGGCCUCAUUAGCCUAUCAUAUAAUUGUCAGUGGGUCACGUGAUCGAACCUGCAUCAUUUGGGAUUUGAACAAACUGUCAUUUUUAACACAACUGAGGGGUCACCGAGCUCCGGUUUCAGCUCUUUGUAUCAAUGAAUUAACAGGGGACAUAGUAUCUUGUGCUGGCACAUAUAUCCAUGUUUGGAGUAUUAACGGGAACCCUGUUGUGAGUGUGAACACAUUCACUGGCCGAAGUCAGCAAAUAGUAUGUUGCUGCAUGUCAGAGAUGAACGAAUGGGACACCCAAAAUGUCAUUGUAACAGGACAUUCAGAUGGAGUAGUUCGAUUUUGGAGAAUGGAGUUUUUGCAAGUUCCUGAAACACCAGCUCCUGAGCCUAUUGAAGACCUGGAAAUGCAAGAAGACUGUCCAGAGGCACAGAUAGGGCAAGAAGGCCAAGAUGAAGAAAGCAGUGACUCAGAAGCUGAGGAAUCAAGCAUUAUACAAGAUCCUAAAGAGACUCCCAGCCAGCCAGGCAGCGUGAGCCACAGACCAAGGGCAGCAUCUUGCCGAGCAGCAGCAGUGUGGUCAGCUGACAGUGGCUCAGAUGAUUCCAGGCGCUGGUCGGACCAGCUCAGUUUGGAUGAGAAAGAUGGCUUCAUUUUUGUAAACUAUUCUGAAGGACAGCCCAGAGUCCAUCUUCAAGGUCCUCUUAACCAUCCCCACCCAUAUCCUGUUGAUGUCCGGCAUUAUAACAGCCUUAAGCCUGGAUAUAGGUGGGAGCGCCAACUUGUAUUUAGAAGCAAAUUAACUAUGCACACAGCAUUUGAUCGGAAAGACAAUGCUCACCCAGCAGAAAUCACAGCACUGGGCAUCUCCAAGGAUCACAGUAGGAUCCUCGUUGGUGAUAGUCGAGGCCGAGUUUUCAGCUGGUCUGUAAGUGACCAGCCAGGCCGCUCUGCUGCUGACCAUUGGGUGAAAGAUGAAGGAGGCGACAGCUGUUCAGGCUGUUCUGUCCGAUUCUCCCUCACAGAAAGGCGACAUCACUGCAGGAACUGUGGCCAGCUCUUCUGCCAGAAAUGCAGCCGAUUUCAAUCUGAAAUCAAACGUUUGAAAAUCUCAUCUCCUGUGCGUGUGUGUCAAAACUGUUAUUACAACCUACAGCAUGAAAGGUACCCAGAAGAUGGACCUAAAAAUUGCUGAGGCUUCCGAUGGACUGGCUGGAAACAAAGAGCUACUCAACCUCGUUUUGAAAAACAAGAAAAGACUUUUUAGAAGAUAGUUGUAAAUCUGCCUUCUUUGCAAGCAACUGUGUAUAUUGUAAAUACAUAUAAUGGCCUUUUUAUCUAAAUAUGAACUUAAUUAACAGCCCAUAACAUGGGACUUGAGACUAAACCACUAAUUUAAUGAACUACUUAGAGUUUAUCUGGCAUCUCUCAUCUAUCAACUCAAUUAUGAAUAUGCUUCAAAAACCACCAAGAGCCUCCUCCAAGGCAUCAUCUAGGGGCUUCUUUCUCUCCUUUCAAAUCCCACCUAUGCAUGUGUGUCUUCUUUCAGUUGCCCACAGCAUUGUCAUUUAAACUAGGCUAGUCACCAAAAUAAUUAUGGCCCUUCUUGGUAAGCAGUGUGGGAGAAUAUUAUUCUAGUUGUAAGGUAUCCAGGAAUUAUCGCAGUUUUCUUGGCAUUUUAUACCUGGCUACUUACCACUUCAGUGUUGUUCAUAUGUAAUAAAGUCAAUUUUAUACAUAUAUUAGGGCUGCUGUUUGGGUCAUAGUGUAACUUCUUAGCAUUUAAUAAUUCAAUCAGCUGAUUCAUGCAGUGCAGGAACCAGCCCAGACCUCCUUAAACCAAUGGAAAUAUGCUUGCAUGUAACUCAGAGCUAGUUUCUCUUGCAUAAAGUAUAAGCACGCAUCUUUGGUGACUGGCUUAUUUAAAAAAUAAUAAGAAUAAUUGUACAGAACUAUAACCCUUGAUGUUAUAACUGGAUAGUGUCAAGACUACUUGAGGUCACCUCUACCCAUUCAAUACCAUCUACCUGAAAACAGUACAAUUUAUACAAUAUCAAUGUCUAUAUUUUGUUUUACUAUGAAUAUAAUUGCAAUAUUUUUAAUAUUCAGUUGUUUAAUUUGCACCAUAAGUAGAAAACAGAGUAAAUAAAUACACCUAUAGGGAUUAAAGCUGGUGAAGGGCCUACGGGUAGAUAAUAGGAAAGAGGCUUUGGUACUGGUAUUUUUUUUAAUGUGUGUUGAGAGAAAGAGUAAUCUAGAUUUUAACAUUUUUCAAACACUUAGUAAUUCUAUAAAGGCCUGAUAUUUUUUAAAUGUAGAAAAGUUAAUGGCCUUAAAUAAGAAGGAAGGGCCUUCAUCCGGAGCCUGUGCUAAUGUGUGCUACACUUAAGCCAGUUCUGAAUUAAAUUCACAAUCCCUCAUCUGUUAGCCCUGGUAAUGGACAUGCAUAAACUUUAAUGUCCAUAUGCACAUGCAUUAAAUAGCUCAGACUCUACACUCAUCAGUGUACCCAAUGGACUAGAGCCAACUAAGGACAAAUUUGUUCUUCCUCCUGGUGUCAAGGAGCCCCUGCAGUACAUUCAAUUUUGGAAAAUUCAAUCUUUGUUUCCCAGUAUUUGAAUUGACAGUCUAAUAAUGGCCUCACAGUAAAUGAGACUUGUUAAAACAUUUACAUAUCUAAGAGAAAUUGUUCAAGUACUUUGUUUUUCCAAAAAGAUUAAUGGCAUUGAGGAAUCACCCCCUGAAAGAAGUUGUCCUCUGUUUCCAUUGCGAAGUUGUGUCAUGUUACUGUACUUUUUUUCCGAACACAGCAUCUUUGUCCUAAAGUUCCCCUACCAGGUUUCCCCUCAACCAAAUGGCAGAGGUGUUUUGUCAAAGCUUGAAUCUAUGAAUCUGUGUGCUUAGUUACUCAGGACUAAUUCCUCUGUAACCUAAAUGUCUGUGGGAUAAACACUUUGAAACUUUCCAACUCUGUGAGCAAAAAAGUGGCUACCCAACCCCACCUGGUCACAUUUCCUCUGGCAGCUGGUGCUGUGGGCAACUGUUUUGUUCAAAGGAGUUUUCUUUUGUUCUUACUUCGAUGUGAAGAUACAAAACAGCUGGAACAGCAGCAGGAUCCAAACUCAUUUUCCUUGGAUCAAUUUCUGUUAUCCGGGUCCAUGUGUUGAACGUAAUCCUAUUCACAAUGUACAGCCAUCUUUCCAAGUGGUCUCUGUUCUCUGCAAGUACCUCACAUGCCUUCUUUCGCCUUGCUCUUGGAAGCGUCAGAAUUCAUGUUGUCCUCAGCCAUUAGUGUGUAGUAUGCAGGUAUAAUGUUGUGCUUCUGAAAAGGUGAGCUGCCCACAGUGACCAUCCACCUGGACAAGAGCAAAACACUUUAGAGAAAUUAUUUUGCACUUUCUUAUGUACAAAGUUGGUAGAAACUUAUUUUUUGCUUUAUAUCAUUUAAAGAACUUUUGUUUUGGUAAUUGAACUGUGUAUAAAAUAUUUAUGCAGUUAAAACUUUUUAGAAAGUAUUUUUAAUUUCAGCAAGUGUGUUUACUUGUUGCAUGACUAUUAACAGAGCUGACUUUUUGUGUCAGUGCAAUGUAUAUUUUUUGUCCGGUUAUUAACUUGUUAGCCCUAGUAAACAGCCAUUGAUUUGUACAGCAACAGAAAUCAAUUGAAGAUAACUAGCUAAGACUGGAUUGUGGAAUUUUGUACUAUAUUGCAGAAUCCAAUAUCUGUUUUUUGGUGGUUAUGUAAAAGGCCUGAAGAAUUACUAUGUAGUGUGCAAUCUGUGAUAUCUGAAUGUUCAUUGUCUAUCUGUCUGAUGCAAAAAGGUAGAUUAAUACAAUUACAAUACAUGAUUAAAUGCAAUAGUUCAGGUACCUAAGUAUUUUUUCCAUUUCAAAUAAAUACCUGCUAUUUACCAUCAAAAA